AUUAGCCUAUUCAAGAAAGGUACAGUGACUGAAAACUAUUAUUUUCCCAACUUAGGGUGAAAGACAUCAAUGGUUGACAGUAUAGGAGAUCGAGUUUUGGUUAGAGAAUUUGAUGAUGCAAGGGAUAUUGAAGUGGUGGGGAAGCUUGAGAAGAGCUGUGAGAUAGGGUCUAAUAAUAAGGGGACCUCCAUUUUCACAAAUAAUACGAUUGACCCUUUGUGUAGGAUUAGGUUCUUUCCCCUUCAUCUCCUGCUGGUAGCUGAGCUGCGAGAAAAUAGGGAGAUUGUCGGUGUGAUUAGAGGCUGCAUCAAGCAUGUGGGGACUAAAUAUGGAAGAACAAAUGUGAAGUUGGGUUGCAUUCUAGGCCUCCGAGUAUCCCCAACACAUCGGAGAAUGGGGAUCGGAUUGAAACUUGUGAGAGCAAUGGAAGAAUGGUUGAUAAACAAUGGAGCUCACUACACUUUCCUAGCAACAGAAAAGAACAAUGUUGCCUCUAAAAAUCUCUUCACUGCCAAAUGCAAUUAUAAAACCUUAAGCUCAUUAGCCAUAUUCGUUCAACCAAUCAGUUUUGCAAUGGAGCUGGGUAUCUCUCAAGAUAUCAAAGUAGAGAAGUUGAAUAUAAGGCAAGCUAUUUCCUUGUAUGAUAACAAGCUCAAAGGCAAAGACUUGUAUUUCACAGACAUUGAUGCAAUCCUCAAGGAAAACCUUAGCCUUGGGACAUGGGUUUUUUAUUUCAAACAAGAUGAAUGGAUUGGUUUGCAUAGUGAAGACGAGGAUGAAGAUAUUAUUAGCACAGUCCCACCUUCUUGGGCCAUGUUUAGCAUAUGGAGCUCUUGUGAAGCUUACAAGAUUGAUAUUAAAAAACCCCAUUAUCCUCUGAAGCUUUUUCAUGAAAUUUUAAGCCAUGCAAGGGACAAGAUCCUCCCUUGUUUAAAGAAUAUCAUUCCAAUUUGUGACUACUCAAUUGAGAAACCAUUUGGUUUCUUGUUCCUUUAUGGGAUACAUGGAGAAGGAGAGAACGUUGGGGAGCUCAUGAAAUGUGCAUGGAGUGUGGCAUCGAGAUUAGGUGAAGACAUUAAGGACUGCAAGAUGAUAAUCACUGAGUUAGGAGUGUCGGAUCCGAUGAUUAAACAUGUGCCCCAUGCAUCAUCCAAGUCAAGGAUCGAUGAUCUUUGGUACUUUAAAAGGUGAAUGGCUCCUCCAUCAAUGAUGAGAAUGAGCUUGCGAUGAUGGGAGAACUUGGAAAUGUGGUUG